ACCCCGCUGUAACCAUGCCCGGGGGCGGUGGCUCUGCGGGGCGGGACGCUGGGGGCGGCCCCGGGAGCAGCGGGAGCAGCGGGAGCAGCGGGAGGAUGCCGUACGUCCUCAUCAGCACGCAGAUCCGCUUGGAGGUCGGUCCCACCAUGGUGGGCGAUGAGCAUUCGGAUCCCGACCUGAUGAGCUUCCUGGGGGCCACCAAGAGGAACAUGCUGGGGAACCACUUCUGGGAGUACUACGUGACCGAUGCGCCGCGCGUCGUCCUCAACAAGCUGGAGAGCCGCGGCUACCGUGUGGUGAGCAUGACCGGCGUGGGGCAGACCCUGGUCUGGUGCCUCCACAAGGACUAGCGGGGAAGGCUCUGGCGCUGCACCUGGACCACGUCCUGCUGGGGCUCACCUCGCACAGGACUGGCAGCAAACGGUCCCCUUCAUUCCUUUCUGUCCCAGACUCCAGGCACUCGGGAGGAGCAGGGAGAGGCAAAACGAAACCCAAGGGGACCUCGCUACCCCUGCCAUUAGGCAAGGCCAGGGGGAGGUGAGCCCAGCCCAGUGCAAUCAGCCCACAGAAGAGCUGGCUCCAUCUCUGCAUUCAGCUGAAUGGCAGCCUGGCAAAUACCAUCAUCUCUUCACACUUUAAUCAUGUCCUCUUUAGCAUGCACUGGAGGGAGCUUAAUACAGACCUGUCUGCUCCUCAGGGCUGAGCUGAGGUCAGGGCACGUCUUCUCCAAGGCCACAGAUGCAGCCAAACCCAGGUGGCAAACCAGCUCAUCCCCAAAACACAAGCAGAAACAGCAGAACCUACACAGUGCUCCCUGAGCAUCCCUUCAUGGGUAGCAGGGUGGUUUCUGUCCCAUGUGGGGUAGUGGUCAGGAGCACCAUCAGCCUCAAGGGUUACACAUCAUCCCUGAAAUAGCCUUAGAGCAGCACACAAAGCUCUCACGAACACUUCAGGUACAGGUCUGUCACCCUAGCAGCAGUGCUGGAUGGUUUGGGACUGUAUCAAUCCUGCUGAAGGGGUACCACCAAUAAACCAUUUCUCUGAAAAGA